AUGUCUGAUACCAGUUUAGAACAAAUAUAUUAUUUGUUAUCUUUCACGUGGUUGUGUAUAAGAACAUCACUGGUAGUACUUUCCGCUGCUGAUGUAAAUGUUUGUUCUAAGGAUUCAUUACCUUACUUAUUUGAAUACAACACGCAAACCUACAAUUUAGAGAUUGAUAGACUUCAGUAUCAGCUACGUAAAGACUUCGUUGCUCUAAGUGGAAUGGGAUUUUUCUUUCUUACUAAAUCCUUGUUACUACAGAUGGGAGGUGCAGUCGUAACCUAUGAGCUAGUGCUAAUACAAUUUGAUAGCACUGAUUAUAACUUAACGAAUACAACUGCCUAUUAG